AGAUCACUGGACCAGAUGGGAAGGUGAUCUAUCAAGGAGAGCGAGAGAGCAAUGGAAAAUACACAUUUGCAGCUCACAUGGAUGGAGUUUACACAUACUGCUUUAGUAAUGCCAUGUCUACCAUGACUCCUAAGGUGGUGAUGUUUUCAAUGGAUGUGGGAGAUGCACCAAAAGGUCAAAAAGAUCAGGAUACUGAUGCUCAUCACAAUAAACUUGAGGAAAUGAUCAAGGAACUUUCCACAUCUAUGACGGCUGUGAAACAUGAACAGGAAUAUAUGGCUGUUAGAGAUCGUAUCCAUCGAGCAAGUAGGUAGAGGUUUUACUUGUGGCAGAAAA